ACAACCAAUCGACACACUUAGUGUUCUUCGGUCGCAGCGUGCGGACCAUAUCGUUCACCGUUCCUACUUGCCGUUUUCCGCGUUUGACUUCUUAUUACCCGCGAAGUCAUCGAUCCGCGUCCAUCAAAGUCAUCGACCGCGCGACACCGCUCAGCCAUGUCGGUAAUUUAUAAGAAUUCAAUGAACGCCAUCGGCAAGUUUGUGCCCGAGAAGCUGCAGCCUCUGUGGAAACAUCCUGCUGGUCCACAGACUAUAUUCUUCUGGGCACCGAUAUUCAAAUGGGGGCUUGUAAUUGCCGGACUCAGUGAUCUGCAGAGGCCAGCAAACAAAAUCUCCAUCAGUCAAUCUUCUGCCUUAGGUAUCACUGGGUUGAUCUGGACCAGAUAUUCCCUAGCUAUCACUCCGAAAAAUUAUAGCCUCUUUAGCGUGAAUCUUUUCGUCGCGUGUACGGCACUAUAUCAAAUAUCAAGAGCCGUGAGGUAUCAACAGCAACAAUCAGCUCUGAAAAUGGCACAGGCAACUUCAUCAGACGCAGCUCACUGACGAUAACUAUAGAUACACAUUCCUAGGAGACAAAAAUAAAAUUAUUUAAUUCUUCACUAUUUCACGUUACCAUUUAGCACGUCGAGACGAAUAACGUGACAGGUAUCUGACCAAUGUAUCUUAAUCCUCCGAACGAGGAAACGAUAGAUAAGUGAUGCAUGAAACAAUAGAUAAGUGAUGCAUAAUGAUAAUGAUGUUAAGUUAUAUUAACUUGGGAUAAAUAGUGCAAUUGCGUUCGGUCUCGCGGCAGCAUCGAGCAUUAUAGACACAUUAACACAUAUUUCUGAAUGAAAUAAAUUGUUAUCCCAGAUAACAUAAAAAGAUCAUUCUAAGAGAACGACUGAUUAAGAUCUAAUAAACGUCUUUUAAAGGUCUUUGCGAUAUCGUUAUAUUUGUGCUGUGUAGGAUGAGUCAGGAAGAACGUCACGAGUUUUACGUAAUCGUCAAUCGAAGUUCUUGGUGCCAAACUGUGAUAUGUAUGACAGAUGGUACUUUGUCGUAACGUUAGUCAGUUGGUGAAUCAAUAUAUGUUACGAAUAGAUUAAAUAACUAGGCACGGGACAAAUGGAGUGUUAUGUUGAAAGAGCGAUCAGGAAUAACUGAUACCGCAAAUUCGACCACAUCGUAUCGUUGCGCGUUAUCAAUUCAUCGAUUGUAAAUGUAUAUACGUUUUCGUCAUGCGCCACGUACAUUCUACCUCGAAUUGUAACGAUAUUCACGGUGCUUCCGCACGACAUAUCGACGCUACGCGACAUUUCGGAGAAGAGGACAAAUGUACAAAUGUGUAUACCUUAUUCAAUAUUGUUGUAACUACCUCGCUCUGAUUUGUUGAAAUAAACUAUAAUGAUUUUUAAUAUGA